AAGCGUAAAUUUUAAAAUGGAAAGAAAACAGAGCAGCGUCAACAUUAAGCUACGUGGAAACAAUAGUAUGGUCCCCCACCCUAUAAACACCUUAGCCCUCGCCUCUUCCUCUCUCUCUCGCGCGCUCUCUCUCUCCGGCCCUCCGUCUCUGCGCUGCUCAACUGAAGACUGUUACGACAGAUAUAUGGCGUUGCCGAAUCAGCAAACUGUUGAUUACCCGAGCUUUAAACUCGUCAUCGUCGGCGAUGGAGGAACUGGAAAAACAACCUUUGUGAAGAGGCAUCUCACUGGUGAAUUUGAGAAGAAAUAUGAGCCAACCAUUGGGGUCGAAGUUCACCCAUUGGACUUCUUCACGAAUUGUGGGAAAAUUCGGUUUUACUGUUGGGAUACUGCUGGGCAAGAGAAAUUUGGUGGACUUAGAGAUGGUUACUACAUUCAUGGGCAAUGUGCAAUUAUCAUGUUUGAUGUUACUGCUCGGUUGACCUACAAGAAUGUUCCAACAUGGCAUCGGGAUCUCUGUCGGGUGUGUGAAAAUAUACCCAUUGUUCUUUGUGGAAACAAGGUUGAUGUGAAGAACAGGCAGGUUAAGGCAAAGCAGGUUACAUUCCACAGGAAAAAGAAUCUUCAGUACUAUGAGAUAUCAGCGAAGAGCAACUACAAUUUUGAGAAACCUUUCUUGUAUCUUGCUAGGAAGCUUGCAGGGGAUCCCAAUCUCCACUUUGUGGAGUCCCCUGCUCUUGCUCCUCCAGAAGUACACAUUGACUUGGCUGCACAGCAACAGCACGAGGCUGAGCUUGCUGCAGCAGCUAGUCAGCCUCUUCCAGAUGAUGAUGAUGAUGCAUUUGAGUAGAGAGAACUGGUGGAGAGGCUUGGGUUCUACCUUUUUGCAAUGAUUUAAUGCUUCCUUUAUUAUGCAUCGUUCGCUUACCAAGUUUUAGCCAUAUAUAUAAGUGGAUUUGAUCAUUAGGAUUUGUUCUAGUAUUGAAGAACGUGGAUCAUACUAGUUAGGUUUUCUAAAACUAUUAUUGAGUCUAUGGUUGUGUUUGCUUGUGGUAGAGUAAUAUUUUUGGCUAUCAUAUUGGUGGUGUUGUCAAUUCUUAUCAAAGCUAUCAUGCACCAGUCAGUUAACUUCAACAGUAAAGGGAAAAAUUUUGAAUGUCCAAUCUUGAGUUUCCUCUUGUAUUGAAGCAAUUUACAGACACCCGAACAAAUGCAUGAUGCUGUUGCUGUUUCUUGUCA